UGAAAAGUUUUCCUAUAUGGGUUCAGGAAUCAUGUACGAUGCGGCGAGGGUGCCAUCUCCUAAGGAUGGUGCAAACGGGAUGGCCCAGCCCGUUGUCCCCGGGUCAGGACCUGGACCGGGACCAGCUGCAGGAUCAGGAGGGCCUGCACAGCACUCAGUCCUACAGGCUAAAACAGAGGCGGGACAGCAAGGUACAGAGGAGGAGGAGGAGGAGGAGCCCGAAGCAGAGCCCGUCCUGGUGAAGAAGCCGCACAGAGAGAUCCUGGACCAUGAGAGGAAGAGGAGGGUAGAGCUCAAAUGUAUGGAGCUCCAGGAGAUGAUGGAGGAGCAGGGGUACACAGAGGACGAGAUUCGGCAGAAAGUGAGCACAUUCAGACAAAUGCUGAUGGACAAGGAGGGCGUCAUCACCAGAGAGGGUCCACACACACAGCCAGUGGUCAACCACCUGCAUUACCAGCCUGACGGGUACGAAGAGAACACUGACUUGGUUGGCUAUGAAGACGGAGACUAUGACCACCAUUACCACAGUGACAAUCGAGUGAAGAGGAAAUCAAGCAGCUCUCCAUCCCCUCGUCCAAAGAAAAGGAAGAAGAAGAAAUCUGGCCGCCGAAGGAGUCGGUUUGGCAGCUCCUCACCCACUCACAGAGAGAAGAAGAAAAAGAGUGGGAAGAAACACAAGCGAGACCGAUCUGCAUCUGGCUCCAGGAAAAAGAGGAGAUACAGAUCGGGCAGCCCAAAGAACAAACACAAAGACAAGAACAAACAGAAAAAGAGGUCCCCUGGUGAGACCCCGAGUAGGAGUUCACAGCGUCAAGGCAGCUGCUGUAGCUCCCGGAGUGCUUCCCUGUCGUCCGCUCGGAGCACCUCAAAAUCUCCUGCCAGGCUGAACUCCAAGCACAAGACGGACGGACAAAAGGCGUCCAGCACCUCGCUGUCCCCGGGCACCAACACCCCCGCCGCGUGGCACAACGGAGACCACACCCAGCGGAGCCGCAACGGCAAGGCCGGCAGACUCAACCACGCCGAGAAAGGGCACGAUAAGCUCCGUCUGCUGACCGCUAACUCUGCCAGCAUCCAGGCCACUCUGCUGAGAGAGCACAAGCUCCACAGCGCCCCCAGCAGGAGCCAGGCAGGACACACGUGCACCGCAGGAGAGGCUGGGAGUGUGGACGGCAGGAACCCAGCUGUAGGGAGCUCCGUAACCCACACGACAGGGAGGAGGGGGAGCCAGAGAGGCCAGAAUAAGAACUCCCAAUCCCCUGCUCACAGCAGCGACUCAACCCACUCCCAGCACAACCACACUCACAGAGGGAGGAGCUCUCGUCACCACAGGAAGACCAAAGGCGGCCACUCUUCCAAGCGCCACCACCGCUCCAGCCGGGGUCAGGCGCACCACCGGAGCCCGUCGGCGUCUCCGGGAUGCCACCCACACACGUCGGGCAAGAAGAAAGAGGAGUCCCGGAGCAAACCCAACCUCCGGCAGCGCAGCAGCUCCUUGAGCAGCGGGCGCUCAUCGUCGCGCUCCGCCUCCCGAGACCGAGGCCCCAGCAGCGCCAAGUCCCCACACAACAGGCAGAACAACUCCAGAGAGAAGGACAGCCCUAACCGCUCGGACACCGACAGCCGAGCUCGCCGCCGCUCACGCAGCUACUCGCCCAUCCGCAAGAGGAGAAGAGAUUCCCCCAGCUUCAUGGAGGCUCGCAGGAUCACCAGUGCUCGGAAGCGGCCGAUCCCGUACUACCGUCCCAGUCCUUCGUCAUCCAGCUUGGACAGCAGCCCGUCGCGGUCCAGUCGCAGCCGUAGCCGCAGCUACAGCAGCUACAGCCGCAGCAGGAGUCACAGCCGAAGCCACAACCGGAGCCACAGCCGGAGCCGGAGCUGGAGUCGGAGCCGCAGCCAGACCCGGAGCUGGAGCCGCAGCAAGAGUCGCUCCCGCAGCCACCACAGCUACUACAGCCGCAGCAGCUACGACAGCCCCGGCUUCUGAGCGCAACACACACAGCUAAGGACACGACAUGAAACAGAGGAGGAGUCCUGUCAAAUGUACUGUGCUCUCCACAGGGGCCACACCGCUGGACAGUCCAGGGUCCAAGCUCCCCGACCCCUCAUCUCUCUCUGACAACGAGCCUGGAUCAAAGAGACGACUUUUUAUUUUGUUUUAUUUUGAUAUUGCACAUUAUUAUAAAAUUGGCUGUCACUGUUCAUAACUUCACGUAAACAAGGUAUUAAAAGAAAAUGGGUUUCCACUUGUCAAAAGUGAAUUUGGUAGAGCCCAAAGAACAAAUCUCGCAGUAUGUUAGCACUUUCUUUUCUCUUCUUCGCAACCAAAAAGGAAUUCAUUAAAAACGAUAUACCAUAGCAUGUAUAUAUAGA